UUCUUCUAUAGAACAAAAGGAGAAAUAUUUACAAAUAAUUUAAACAAAGGUUUAAAUACACCUUUUUUGGAUCUCAGUUGCACAAAAUGAUUUAUGAAUAAUGCAAUGGGCUUUAAAAUUUCAACUACAGAUUUAAACCACAGAGCAUAAUGACAGUGCAAUGGGAUGCUACCAAUCCUGUUGUUGUCCUGGUGAUCCUGCAGCACUACCGGAGGGCCAGAAACUGUGUAGAACGCUUUUCUGCAGUUCCAAACUACCAAUUAUGAACCAGAGGAGGAGCAAGGUCUCGGGUUGCAGUUACAUGGACAAUGGGUUUCUAGUCAUUGUUGAUGCUAACAACCACAGGGUUAAACUGUACGAUCAGGACCUAAAAUGUUGCUCAUUUGUGGAUUUGGAAUUCAGGCCUUACGAUGUAUGCUCCAUUGGAAGUCAACUGUUUGUGACGUUACCGAAACAUCGAAGUGUGCAAAAGCUUAGUGUGACCUUUCCGUUUGUGUUUGUGAAGAGAAAACUUAGAAAGAAAUCCACAUUUAAGACUGAAGCUGAGUGUCGUGGUAUUGUCGGAUAUCAAAAUGAUCUCAUUGCUAGUGUAAGGUACUCUACACUAACAAAUUCUGAAACCACAGAAUCUUCUUGGCAGAUUCAUAUUUUGUCUACCAAUGGUACAGUCAAAAGACGUUUUGCAAACAAUGCAGAAGGAUCGCCUUUAAUCCACGAUGCAAGGUACAUUUGUCUGACUCAUGAUAAUAAAGAAAUCAUCAUAUCUGAGGCUGAGGACAAUGGAGUCAAAUGUCUAAAUAUAGAAACAGGGGAAAUCACCUUCAACCAACAUAUGGAGGACCCAAAAGGAAUCACUUGUGAUAAAAAUAGCAACAUCUAUGUUUUGGGGAAACAGGGUUCCAUAAGAUGGAUACUUGCUGAUAGACAGUGUGUGAAAAUACUUCUAAAUGGAACUAAGCAUGUGAAAUACUCAAAUGCCCUUACAUAUUUUCAAGGAACACAUACGCUAGCUCUUCCGAGAAAUGAAAACAAGAUUGACUUGUACAGGGUAAAAAAUUCUAUACAUGACCAUUGAACUGUUAAAUAGGCUUUGUUUCAUUAAUACUGCCUGUGCCGCAGUGCGUUAAAGUAUACAAUAUAUCAAACAGUAAUUUCUAUCAGUUAUUUUCACUAUAAAUAUUAAUAAAGUAUGAUUCAACAGUGUAGCAAAGCAAACGCCAUAAUGCUCUUCUCAACUUUAAAGUCUUAAAAAGAGUAUAACUCAACAAUUAUCAAAGUUGGUGUGAGUAUUGUCUCUGGAAACAUGUGUACCAAGUUUGAUUUGGACAUCUUGGAAAGUAUUCUUGUUACAGUGAUUCAAAAUUUUCACAACAAAGCAGACGACAAUGCUGACAACAAAGCAGACGAAAAUGCUGACAACUACACCAUGGCAAUCACAAUACCUUGACUAUUAUUACACAUACACUUCUUAUAUUAGACCGCGUGAUUAGAUAACGUUUUUAAAGAUUUAUAGCUUCAUAUUUCACAGAUCUUUUUUCUAUAGAACGAUGUUAUUAUUUUAUCUUUGGAAAUUUUUUGUUAAAAUGAAUACAUGUUUGUCUUAGUUGUCAUUAAAGAAUUCAAAAUUC